AUGGGUUUAUUAUUUUCAUUUGGUUUUGUUUUAUAUGGUUCAUUAAUUUAUUUUAGAAUAAGAAAUGUUCAAUGUAAAACCAACUCUAAAAAGAUUAUUGUUAAAAAGCUAACAUUUGUAAUCACUGUUUUAUCAUUAACGUUUUUAAUAGGGGUAUUGUCAAUUAUACUAUUUAUCAAAUUUAAUACAUUCGAUUCAAGUUAUGGAACACUACUAAUAUUUAGUAUUCAGUUCUUUUUCGAAAUGUUUUUAGUUAUCGAAAUGGUAUAUAUAUUAAGAGAUAAUAAAAGAAACAAUAAUAUAAAAAAGAAUUUUAAAUAUUUUAAUAAAAAAAACAAUAAAAUAGAUAAUAAUAUUAAAAAUAAUAAUAAUAAUAAUAAAUUAGAUAGUUUAAUAUAUAUCGAUAUCGAUAUUAACAAUAACAAUAACAACAACAACAAUAAUAGUUGUGAAUAUUCAACAACAACAAGCGAUAGCUUUACAAUUAGUAGUUGUGAAUGUAGUGAAUACUGUAUAAAUAAAAAGAACUUUUCAAACACUACCACAACCAGUAAAGGCGAUUGUAAUAAUUCUACAAAUACUAGUUCUUCUACAUCCACAAACAAUACCCAAAUAAAAUCAAUAAAUAAUGUGUAA